AUGCGCGCAGAAGUGAAGGCGAAGCCGGGUGGCGGCAAUGAAAGCACGCUGAUCGAGCACAUGAAGGCUUCCGUGCAACCGUCCACCGCGGCAGCCGCGGAGGUGCAACGGGCACCGCAAAAUGCAGCUGCUUCGAAUCUGCAAAGUGGCUACAGCGGCAUCGGCAGCGGCCCCAGCGCAGCGGUGCCGCCGGCCAACUCCGCCGUAAUCUCCUCGACCGCGCAGAAGACCCGCGAGAACAUCGAGCGCGCGCUUCGCAUGAACGAGGCCACGAACAACUCCGGCUACGCUACUUUGCAGUCGCUGGGAAAGCAGCGCGAAGUCAUCCAGAACAGCCUCGACACAGUGGAUUCGACGCACCAACAUCUUAGCGACUCCCGCCAGGUCAUCCGCGACAUCCGCGUGGGCGUGUAUAAGGAGUGGCUCAUCAAGGGAUGCGUCAUUUCGUUUCUGGUGCUUCUGAUCGUCAUCAUUAUCUAUUCGAAGUUCAUUCGGAAGUAG